AGCGCACGGGGUGUUCCCUGCGCGUUGGGCAGCUGACGGAAGUGAAGAGCUCUUGUGUUGUUGUAUUGAGCUUGACUGUGUUAAAAUGCUUGGAUCACAUUUGUGAGAUAAGUGAAAGUAUGACUGCGCUCUGAUCGUGUCAUGACAUCCGCGCGCUUACUAUGGCCGCUUUACCGGGUCCCGCCGAACCGGAUCAGUCGCUGCAGCACAUGCUGAAAGCCAUCGUCGACGAGCGGAACCGCCUGAACAUCAGACAGGACCUGAGCGGACUGGGGUGCUUUAAGGAUGACCGGAUAGUGUUCUGGACGUGGAUGUUCUCCACAUACUUUAUGGAGAAAUGGGCGCCGCGUCAGGAUGAUAUGCUCUUCUAUGUGAGACGCAAGCUUUCGUAUGUCAGUGCCGACAACACAGAAGGAAAGAAGGUGGAGGUUGAAGUUUACAGAAGAGACUCGAAAAAGCUGCCUGGACUGGGUGAUCCUGAUAUUGACUGGGAGGAGAGCGUGUAUCUCAACCUUAUCCUGCAGAAACUGGACUAUGUGGUCACAUGUGCAGUUUGCACACGCUCAGAUGCAGGAGACAUUCACAUCCACAAGAAGAAAUCACAGCAAGUUUUUGCUUCUCCAAGCAAACACCCCAUGGACAGCAAAGGUGAAGAGUCCAAAAUGAGCUACCCAAACAUAUUCUUCAUGAUCGACAACUUCGAGGAGGUGUUCAGUGAUAUGACCGUUGGAGAAGGUGAGAUGGUUUGUGUAGAGCUGGUGGCCAGUGACAAGGCCAACACGUUCCAGGGUGUGAUCUUCCAAGGGUCCAUCCGCUACGAAGCCCUCAAGAAAGUCUAUGACAACCGGGUAAGUGUGGCAGCUAAGAUGGCGCAGCGCAUGUCUUUUGGCUUCUACAAGUACAACAACAUGGAGUUUGUGCGGAUGAAAGGGCCUCAGGGCAAAGGUCAUGCUGAGAUGGCUGUGAGUCGAGUGCCCACUGGUGACACCUCGCCCUGCGGCACUGAAGAAGACCAAGAUUCCCCCCUCCAUGAGAGGGUGACAUCAUUCAGCACCCCCCCAACCCCAGAGCGAAACAGACCCUCCUUCUUCUCACCAUCACUGCGCCGCAAAGUGCCCCGAAACAGAAUCGCUGAGAUGAAGAAAUCACACUCUGCAAAUGACAGUGAGGAGUUCUUCAGAGAGGAAGAUGAUGAAGACCUGUGCAACACCACAAACCUGCGCUCGCGAUCUCUGUCUGGGACGAGUCGAUCACUGGUGGGUUCUUGGCUCAAGCUGAACAGAAAAGAGGACUAUUUCUUGCUGUAUUCUUAUCUCACCUAUGUGACUCUUCCUUUGCAUCGCAUCACCACAGAUAUUCUGGAGGUGAGACAAAAGCCCAUUUUGAUGACAUAGCAUUUCCUGUCUUCUUUAAACCACAUUACCAAGUGCCUCCUCACAUCAGGCCCACAAGGAACUGCCAUCUGGUGUCUGGACAGAUUACCAAAAAAUACACAACAGCAAAAGAGAAGAGGCAAAAGGGGAAACCUAAGGAAUAAAAUCUCUCAAGAAAUGCCUCUUCUAGCUAUUUCUGCCUGUGGAAUCGACGCGACCAGCAGAAACGACUCGAGACCUGGGACUGAAAUGGCACUAGAUAACACCAGACAUUGACGCAAAAGGGAAAUGUUUAAUGGGAAAUAAGACAAAGAAUAACUGAAUGUCUUUCUUGUAAAUACAUUGCUGCUUACUCAGUGAAAUGUAUGACCACAACCCCAUCCCUUCAGCCUAUCCUAAAGAGACACUUUGUAAUUUUCACGAUGUUGCUGAUUUUGUGCAUAGUAUAUUUUCCAAAGGACAUUUCCUUGCAGCUCUAGGCCUUAAUACAUCGCUGACCAGCUAACAUGUAAAUAAUGACAGAAUUUUGGGUGAACCAUUCCUUUCAGAAAAUGCUGGAUGUCCAGCAAAUGUUCUCCUAUGCUUACACACUGUCUGUUAAUUGAUUUGUUUGAUGCUCUUUAUGAUAUCCAAAUACUAGUGAAUAUGAUGUAUCGAAGGAACUUUAAAGCAUGGUUCCCAUGGCCAUUUUUUGGGCUCAGUACGUUUCUGACAUCACCAGAGCACAGCGCUUAGAAACAUCAACAUCCACAAUUGACACUUUGUCUAUUAUGUGGCUCUAGAUAGUCCUUCGCUGCAAGUAAAAGGGUCUUCUUAAGUUUGUUUUGUUUUUGAACAGUCUUUUGCACUAAAGGGCUUUUGGAGUUGAACAUGUAUAGCCAACCCAAAUUGUCAGUAUUGAUUUUUGUGUGUCAGCUGAAUGUAAUAGUUGAUCCAACAGCUUUAAUAUCCAUUUGAUUUUAGAUAGGCAAACUUGCCAGCAGCAUUUUUAAAAUGCUGUUUGAACUAUAAGUCCAUUUUCUUUUAUCAUGGUGUAGGUGAAGAGUUUCUGUUAUAGGCUGUUUUUUAGGACAUCUCCAGUUUGUUAAAUGCUUUACAUGCGCUUUUGUAUCAAGUGGUAAUUAAGCAUCAAGUGGUAAUUAAGCAAAGUAAAUGUGCAUGUUGUCAUAUUUAUGUUGGUAAUAUAUACAGUAUAUAUACACUUUUUCUGUACAUCUUUAUGAAAAUACACAUUUGAAAAAAAAAACAA